CUCUCGUAAACCCUCAAACCCAUUCAGAAUUCUCAAUCCUUCAAUGUCUAAAACCCUCCUCUCUCUCAUUAAACCCCUCAACACUCGCAAACCCACCUCCUCUUGUCCUCCACACCUCAAGAUUCUAGUCCACGAAACCAUCAACAUCCUCACAACCCACCCAAAAUGGGAGCAGUCCCUCCAAAACUUCUCCUCCUCAACCCAAACGCCUCUCUCCGAAGUCGCACAUUUCGUCUUAGACAAAAUCCCAACCGCCGAGCUGGGUCUCAAGUUCUUCGACUGGGCUUUCCGGCGACCCUACUCCUCCUCCCCAACUCCGCUAGCAUAUUCUUCUCUCCUCAAGCUUCUGGCCAGGUCCGGACUCGUCUCCGAGAUUGAGUUACUGAUGCAGACGAUGAAGCUGGAUGGAGUAAAGCCCAGUAGGGAUGCUUUGAGCUUUGUGGUCAUGGCUUUUGUGGGGUCCGGGUUGGUGGACAAGGCUGCUGAGGUUUAUAGAUUUGGGGUCGACUCGUGUGGUUUGGUGCCGAGUGUUUAUGCCUGCAAUGCCUUGCUUAAGAGUCUUGUGGAGAAUCGGAGAGUUGAUGUUGCGCGGAAGGUGUAUGAUGAAAUGCUUGAGAGAGAUGGUGAGGGUGUUUGUGUGGAUAAUUACAGUACUUGUAUAAUGGUGAGGGGGAUGUGUAAGGAGGGGAAGGUUGAAGAAGGGAGGAGGUUGAUUGAGGAGAGGUGGGGAGAGAGUUGCGUGCCGAAUGUGGUGUAUUACAAUACUCUUAUUGAUGGGUAUUGUAAGAAGGGUGAGGUUGGGAGUGCUGAGGGGGUUUUUAGGGAGUUGAAGUUGAAGGGGUUUCUGCCGACAUUGCAGACUUAUGGGGCUUUGAUUAAUGGGUAUGGUAAAAGAGGGAACUUUGUUGCGGUUGAUAGGCUUUUGGUGGAAAUGAAGGAGAGAGGUUUGAGGGUCAAUGUGGGAGUGUGGAAUGCUAUAGUUGAGGCUAGGUGUAAGCAUGUUAGCUCUGUUACUGUGGUGGAUGCUGUCGCGAGGAUGAUUGAGAAUGGUUGCGAGCCGGAUAUUAGGACUUAUAAUAUUUUGAUUAAUAGUUCAUGUAAGAAAGGGAAAGUUGAGGAAGCUGAGCAGUUUCUAGAGGAGGCAAUGAAGAGGGGACUGGUUCUGAAUGAGUUUAGUUAUACUCCUCUUUUUCAAGUCUAUUGCAGACAAGGGGAACACUGCAGGGCCCUGGAUUUGCUUGUUGAGAUGACAAAAAGAGGUCAGAAACCUGAUUUGGUUUCUUUUGGAGCCUUGAUUCAUGGACAUGUUGCUUCUGGGGAUGUUCAUUCCGCAUUGACAGUCAGGGACAGAAUGAUAGAAAAUGGAAUACUCCCUGAUGCUUGCAUUUACAAUGUGUUGAUGAGUGGCCUUUGUAAGAAAGGGAGGGUUCCUGCUGCCAGACUAUUGCUUGGUGAGAUGCUUGACCAAAAUAUACUACCUGAUGCAUUUGUUUACGCUACUUUGGUAGAUGGGUUAAUCAGAAGUGGGAACCUUGAGGAGGCUAAAAGUAUUUUCGAUUUAACAGUUGAUAAGGGUCUAGAUCCUGGUGUUGUGGGGUACAAUGCAAUGAUUAAGGGUUUCUGCAAAUUUGGAAUGAUGAAUGAUGCACUGUUAUGUCUUGAAAAGAUGAGGAAAAGGAAUCAUUGUCCUGAUGGGUUUACUUACUCCACAAUUAUUGAUGGGUAUGUCAAGCUGCAUAACUUGGACACCGCACUAAGUUUUUUCAAAGAGAUGGUAAAACAGAAAUGCAGGCCAAAUGUCAUAACGUACACCUCCUUGAUCAAUGGGUUUUGCUGCAUAGGAGAUUCUAAUGAAGCUGUAAAAACUUUCAUAGAGAUGCAAUCUCGUGGUGUAGAGCCAAAUGUAGUCACAUACAGCAUACUUAUUCGAAGGUUUUGCCAGGAAGGUAAACUUGCAAAAGCAGCCUCCUUCUUCGAACAAAUGCUGAAGAAAAAGUGCAGACCCAAUGGUGUCACUAUCCACUAUUUGCUAAAUGGGUUCACAAAUGAUGCAAUUUCAAAGGAAGCGACUGUUUUUCAAGAAAGGGAGAAAUCUAUUUUUCUUGAUUUCUACAAAAGGAUGAUAUCCGAUGGAUGGACUCUGAAGUCUGCUGUUUAUAAUUCCAUUCUCAUUUGCCUUUGUCAAUAUGGAAUGGUCGAAACUGCAUUACUGUUGAACGAUAAGUUUAUUAACAAAGGUAUUGACCUAGACUCUGUUUCUUUUGCGGCUGUGCUACAAGGUCUUUUUUUGGGAGGAAGAUCAAAGGACUGGAAGAACAUCAUCCCUUUUAAUUUGAAGGAAAAAGAACUCCAAACUGCUGUCAAAUACUCCCACAUAAUAGAUUCUCAGUUUCAUGGAGGAAAAAUAUCUCAAGCUACACUUGUUUUGCAGUCACUGGUUGAAGAUGAUAAGGCGGAAGCUCAAAAAGUGGAAGACAUAGAAAGAUAGAGGAAGACAAUCAUCUUUCUUUACAAGUGGCUGUCAGUUGAGGUAGUACGUUGCUAUUUCAGAAGCUGAUUUGCCACAUUCAUGAUAUAAUGGCGGUUGAUACAAUCAGGAUCUCUUUUUUUCUUACUUGAUAAAUCCAUCAUCGGCUCUCAGACAGUGACUGUGGUCUUUGUUCUGCUUGUUGCAUCUGGUAGACUGGUGAUGAAGAAGUGUGGCCGUGAUUGCGGAAAUACAUCGAGCAGUUCAACCACUUCAACAGUAGAUUCAGUAAAUGGCCGGAUACAAAUCCCUUUAGACCUGAUUAUAUUCUCCUUCUGGUGCAGUAGAUUCAGUAAAUGGCCGGAUACAAAUGCCUUUAGACGUGAAUCCCUAUUUCUAUGAGAUAUGAAGGCAGAGGCAUGAUAAGAUCUUCAAAUCUCAAAGUUGCAGAAGUACCUAAAGCUUGAAACCACAUAAAAAAAAAGAUGUUUGUUGAGAUGAAAAUGAUAGCCAUACAGAGCUGUGACUGAGCUAGACAAGUUCGGAUCAAGGAGACAGCUAGCUGUCCUGGAAUUGCAGACAAUAAGCACUCGGUGGAGGUGCUAAUGGAAUAUACCUUUGUCGAUCAUGAAAGUCAACAUCGUAGGUAAGGUUCUUAAGUACUGCAGGAAGCAUGUGGAGUACAAGGAGGGUAAAUCCUACGAGUUGGGUGACACUGGGUACAUGAAGGUGGACCAGAAACAACUGUUUUGAUCUCACUUGGCAACAAACUAUCUUAGUAAAGCUAUGGCAAACAUGGUCAAAAUAAUGACUUAUGAAGAGAUUCACAAAACUACAAACAUCCAGAACGACUAGAUGGUUCGCAUUCUAGAUACUGGGAUAUUCACGGUUUUAAAGCCAGUAAAACUUAAAGCUGUAGAUUGGAACUUUGCAGUUCUAUCUGA